AGCUGUAGAGUCGCUUCAGGUCUUAGACUAGGGGCGUGUUCUGCAAUGCCAUGGUAGGCGGGCCGUCUAGCGUUUCCUUUGUGUGUGGGCACCACUAACCGGCUGUGAGCGCGCCUGAGGAGGAGUAGGCGCCGCCAUUUUGUGCGUGUGCGUUUCCUCUUCCCCACCCCCUUCCCCCGUUCUCUGCCGGUUAAAGUAGGUCCGGUCUCCGCGGCCGCCCUCCCGCCUGUGACGAUCGCUUGCUGUGUAGCCGCCGCCUUUACUAGGCCGCAGCUGCCCCCUGCCGGCGGCCGCAGAGAGGAGGCGCGGAGGAGUGUGGCGGCCGCGGCUCCGGCAUGGAGAACUCCCAGCUGUGUAAGCUGUUCAUCGGCGGCCUGAACGUGCAGACGACGGAGGCCGGGCUGCGGGAGCACUUCUCGGCCUACGGCACCCUGACCGACUGCGUGGUGGUGCUAAACCCGCAGACGAAGCGCUCCCGCUGCUUCGGGUUCGUCACUUACUCGGUCGUGGAGGAGGCCGAUGCCGCCAUGGCCGCCUCCCCGCACGCCGUGGACGGCAACGCGGUGGAGCUAAAACGAGCCGUCUCCCGCGAGGACUCGGCCCGGCCGGGGGCGCACGCCAAAGUGAAGAAGCUCUUCGUCGGGGGCCUCAAGGGGGACUUGGACGAGAACGACCUGGUGGAGCACUUCAGCCAGUUCGGCCCCGUGGAGAAGGCCGAGAUCAUCUCCAACAAGCAGAGCGGCAAGAAGCGCGGCUUCGGCUUCGUCUACUUCCAGAGCCACGACGCCGCCGACAAGGCCGCUGUGGUCAAGUUCCACCCCAUCCAGGGCCACCGCGUGGAGGUCAAGAAGGCCGUGCCCAGGGAAGACAUCCAGGGAGGCGGCGGCGGCGGCGGCGGGGCUUCCCGGUCGGGCUGGGGCGGCAGGGGCCGAGGAAGGGGCGGCGGCGGCGGCAACCGAGACCACAACGGGCUCUCUAAAGGCGGCGGCGGCGGCUAUAACAGUUACGGAGGCUACGGUGGAGGCGGCUACGGGUCCUACGGCGGAGGAGGCUCCUAUGGAGGCGGCGGCGGCGGCGGCGGCAGCGAUUAUGGCAACGGGUACGGCGGAUUCGGCAGCUACAGCCAGCACCAGUCGUCCUAUGGCCCUAUGAAGAGCGGAGGCGGAGGGGGCGGCAGCUGGGGGGGCCGUAGUAACAGUGGACCUUACAGAGGCGGCUAUGGCGGGGGAGGCUACGGAGGAGGCCCCUUCUAAGCGGGGAUUUCCCAUGCCCGCUGUGGGGAAUGUCAGUUUUGUCUGCAUGGAGUACGCUCUCCGUUUGUACCGGGCCGGAUUCCUACUCCCCUACUCUUCGCCUGCGGGCACCUCCAUAUGAAAAGCUGCCAUGAGGUGGAGCAGCUCUCCCAUGCCCCUGCUGGGGUUACUCUGCUGCCCGGGACUCUUCUUUCUUUCCGAAGAUGGACUGGGCCUCACACAGCGGUUUUGUGUUAGUCAUUGAUGGACUCUAUUUUUUUAUUGCUUGGACAUUGGUCGUUUUUUAUACUAGGAACAAGAUUGUUUUAAUUUUGGUUUGUUUGGGGCUGGGAGGGAAUGUUGUGCAGAUUCCGGAGUAAAAACUUGGGAGGGGAAAGGGGAAUUAACUUUGUAAGGACUUGGAUACCUACACAUUUUUUGCUACAAAAUCUACUCUGAUCCCAUGGCUGUAAGGGGGGAAUCGUUUUUACAUUUUUAUUUUUUAAAUAAAUCAUUGUGUUCAUUGAC